GCUCUCGCGAGAGCGGGCGCUGCGCUGCGGUAGGAGGUCGGCGGAGAAGGACGGACGGAGCCGCCGCUCCCGCCGCCGCCGCCGCCUCACCCUCCUCACCCUCCUCACCUUCCUCCUCCUCCGCUUCCUCCUCCUCCUGCCCCUGCCUCAGGAGGAUGCCGCGCUCCGGGCCGCUCCCCGCCGCCUUCUCGCUGCUGCUGGCGACGGCCGCGCUGCUGCCGGGACCCGCCGCGGCGCAGAACGCCGGGUUUGUCAAGUCGCCCAUGUCAGAAACUAAGCUCACGGGGGACGCCUUUGAACUGUACUGUGAUGUGGUUGGGAACCCCACUCCAGAGAUCCAGUGGUGGUAUGCGGAAGUCAACCGCGCCGAGGCUUUCAAACAGCUGUGGGAUGGCGCUCGGAAGCGCCGGGUCACCAUAAACACUGCCUACGGGGCCAAUGGGGUGAGUGUGCUGAGAGUAACCCGCCUUACCUUGGAAGACUCUGGGACUUACGAGUGCAGGGCCAGCAACGACCCCAGGAGGAAUGACUUGAGGCAAAACCCCUCCAUUACGUGGAUUCGAGCCCAGGCUACUAUAAGCGUCCUGCAGAAGCCGCGGAUCAACGCCAGCGAGGACGUGGUGCUGCACGUGGCCGGCGUGGCUGUCACGCUGCAGUGCAACCUCACCAGCAGCCCCAGCCCCCUGGCCGCCAGCUACUGGGUGAAGAACGGCGAGGAGAUCCCUGGCACCAGGAAACCCUCCAACACCACCGAGUACAAGAUCCCGAAGGCCCGAGCAGAGGAGUCGGGGGAGUACCUGUGUGUGUUCGUGUUCUCCAGCUCUCCCGUCGCCAACGCCACCAUCGAAGUGAGAGCCACUCCUGACAUCACCGGGCACAAGAGGAGUGAGAACAAAAACGAGGGCCAGGAGGCCCUGAUGUACUGCAAGUCCGUGGGCUUCCCCCACCCCGAGUGGGUCUGGCGCAAGAAGGUCAAUGGGGUGUUUGAGGACAUCAACAACUCCUCGGGCAGGUUCUUCAUUUCCAACAAAGAGAACUACACCGAGCUGAGCAUCACAAACCUGCAGAUCAACGAGGACCCCGGCGAGUACCAGUGCAACGCCACCAACCAGGUGGGCUCCGUGUCGGUCACCACCAUCCUGCGCGUGCGCAGCCACCUGGCCCCGCUGUGGCCCUUCCUGGGCAUCCUGGUAGAGAUCGUGAUCCUGGUGGUCAUCAUCGUCAUCUACGAGAAGCGGAAGCGGCCGGACGAAGUUCCCGACGAUGAUGAACCAGCUGGGCCAAUGAAAACCAAUUCUACAAACAAUCACAAAGACAAAAACUUACGCCAGAGAAACACAAAUUAAAAAUGCUCAUCAUAGCUUUAAGUUUCUGAGAGACUGAUGGCAAUAUGACCUGCUAAAUUUAAGGGUUGGAACUCUUGGUUCUAGAACUCCAGUUCUGUCUGAUUUCUUUUUUUUCUUUCCUUUCCAAGUGAGCAACAAUAUGACUGUCUAACGCAUGCCUUAUUUAGCCUCUCCUGCAAGGAUGACCUAGCCAGAUGAAUUUUAAUAAUGCUUCCGUGUAGAAGGUGUAAACUCUUUUGGGCUUGAUGUGCUGUGAAUGUUGCUUUUUUUUUCUCCUUUCCUCUCUUUACACGAGCAGUAGCCAGGCGGGUUCACGCAUGCGCUGUUUUUUACUUCCUGUAGCUGUUAAAUUCGGCACCGCUCAAACCGCACCGCUGCCAUCUAGUGAGACUUCUUUUGUAAAGUACAGCAAAACUUAAAGAUAUAUACAGUAUAUAUUUAUAUUUGGGGGAGGGGAAACCAGAAGUCGUUGUGGUUCAUUUCGAAGCUGCUGAUAUUCAUUCCUUACUGUAUGGCUGGAAGGAGGGAGCGAUGCCGGGCCGGCGCUCGCAGCAGGGACAUUGACAUUUCCUUAAGGGCUUUAACCACGGAGCGCGGGGUGUCCUGUCGGGCGUCAGGGCUGGGUGGUGCCAGGGGCUGCUGGUGGUGGUGGGAUGCAGUUGGAAACAAAAACAAACCUUCAGUUUAUAAAUAUAUAUAUAUGAUUGCUUUUUAAGUGAUUUUUUUUUUUUUUUUUUGUUAACUCAUGUAAAUUCUCAAAUCCUUUUGCACUGAUGUGUUCGACUUAUUCUUGUACAUUCAAUUCAGGCAAACUUUUAUAAUUUUCUUUUUUUUUUUUUUGUUUAAAUGAUGAAGUGUUACAGCAUGGUGAUAUUCUAUGCAACUAGUUAUUCCUCUUUAGUUUGACACUGUAAUUUCUCAUGAUUUAAAGAUUGUAGAAAUAGACCUACCAGGGUUCUCAUGAUGUGCGUAACUGUAGCUGCAUGAACUCGUGUUCUGUGUAUUUGUUGAAGUGCAAUGAUGUAUAAAAAGUGGAUUCACCUGUUUUUAAAAAUAAAACACUGACAAAAACCGC